GUAAUUCGACUUUGCGUUUACAUCACACUAAUGCAAUAACUCACCAACAUUUGUAUACAAAAAAGCAGUAUUUUUCUUAUUUUUAUUUUUACACACUUAGGAAUUUUUGUAUUAUUGAUAUUCAUUCGAAUGUGUGAAAGCAAUAAUUAUGAGUGUAAAAUUUCAUAUAAUGUUAUAUUGUACAUAUGUAUGUGUAUAUGUACAUAUGUAUAGUAAACUUCCGUAACGUACAAUAUUUUUGCAUUUGAGUGUAGAGCAUAAGUUAUUAGAAAGAAAGAGACUAUUGAAUAUCUUUAGUCCAGAUACAAAUUUCGUUCGGGGAUGUUUUUAACUCAGCGUAUAAAACAAAGGUGCCUUUAAAAAAAUAAUACCAAAGUUUAUUUAAAAAGAACUUAAUAAAUUUGAAAUGCCACGAAGGUGUUGUGUUGAAGGAUGCAGAAGCUAUACAUUACCAUAUUCUAUGCCUACAUUUAUUUUUCCGAAAAACGAAGUCAUCAGGGAUAAAUGGAUACAAGCAUUAGGAAGAAAGAAUUGGACACCAAGCAAGUAUUCAGCGAUAUGCCUUCAACAUUUUCGACCGGAAGACGUUCAAGAUAAAUUAAUGAUACAAAAUGAAAAAACUGGGUAUGAUUUGGUGAGAUCAAAAUUGUUUAACGGCGCAAUACCUUCCAUUUUCCCGGGACGUCCGCAUCCAAAAGAAAUGGCUUUGAAAAAAAAAACGGAACAACAAAGGAAUGAAGAAAAAAAAAUGGAAAACGAAGAAGUUUUUUGCUUGGCUUGUAAUUUUGUGAAUGAGACGGAAAAGCCCAAACGAAAAUUUCAAAUUUUGCCACAAUGUAAGGAGAGGAGAGUAACCUGGUUGAGAAAGUUAAAUAGAUGUGAUUUAAUUGGCAAAAAUAUUUCGAGUGGCUAUCGUGUAUGUGAAAUACAUUUUCCGAAGAAUUCGCUCAGGAAAACAGGGAAGAAGUUAAUAGAUGUAGUUCCUAUCGAAGUUUUAAACACAAAAUGUAGUGCACAACAAAAUGUAUUUGAUUCAAAGAUUCUACAAGAAGUAAAAAAAGAGCCAGAAUCCUUUCAAACAGCAAAUAGUUGUAGCACACAAAUCUCGAAAAUUCAAGCUGAAAACACUAAUGAAAUUCUGAAAAAGAACGAGUAUUCAUUUGACAUUGAGGAAGGUUCAAAAAAGAUUGAAAUAGAUCCAUUGAUUCCAAUCAAAGAAGAAAUUGAAGCAACCCCCUAUAGAAUAGAAGAAAAUUUAAAUUUACCAACAACUUUUCCAGUGGGUGAUUUGAAGGCUUGUGAACCAACACAAGAUUUAGCAAUAAAAAUCGAAAUAGAAAGUUUAGAUGAUCCUUUUCAAACAAAUGAGUGUCUAGUAAACGUUAAUAAUCCCUUAGUAGCAAUUGAAAUAGAUCCCCUAAUCUCAGUCAAAGACGAAAUAGAAGAAAAACCAAAUUUACCAGAAGGAGAAAAAGUGGAAACUUUUGGCAAGCACAAUGAGGGUUCUCAAAAAGUAUAUUCGCCACAACAAAAUAAGGGAGAAAAAUCCACAGCAAAUACAAUACAGCAAAAUAUAACAGGUUCUAGUAACGGAGGGAAACGAAAAAGAAGACGAUCACAUGAAGAAGAAAAAAAUGUUGAUUGCGAAAAUUGUAAAAAACUUAAAAAAGAAAAUGAUUUUUAUAAGGAAGAGUAUGUUUCUAAGAAAGAGAAAUGUUCUCAAAUAUUAGAAAGAGUGAAAAUAUGUGCAGAUGCAAUAGAAUCGAUUGUUCAAAACAAUAAAAUUCUAAAUGAUUCAAGUACUAGAAAACUUAAAUUAGUUGAAAGAGUGCGAGAAUAUAACAUUAACUUGUUAAAACAAAUUGAAACAUUAAAAACCGAAAUACACAUUUUUAAUUGUAAACAUUGUUCAUUAAUAGUAUCAACAAUUGACAAUUGAUUUUUUUUUAUUUGGUAACAUAGUUAUAGAAUUAUAAUAAAAUAAUGUUAUAUAAAUAAAGAAAAUUAAAAUAAAUGUUAAAU